CCAGCCUCACCCAGACUAGCUAUCCCCUCUUCAGUCUAACUUGAAUGCUGCUGCCAGACUCAUCCACCUUACUAACCGUUCUGUAUCUGCCACCCCUCUCUGCCAAUCCCUCCACUGGCCUCCACUCAGUGUCCUCCACCCCUCUCUGCCAAUCCCUCCACUGCCCUCCACUCAGUGUCCUCCACCCCUCUCUGCCAAUCCCUCCACUGGCCUUCACUCAGUGUCCUCCACCCCUCUCUGCCAAUCACUCCACUGGCCUCCACUCAGUGUCCUCCACCCCUCUUUGCCAAUCACUUCACUGGCCCCCAUUCAGUGUCCUCCACCCCUCUCUGCCUAUCCCUCCACUGGCCUCCACU